UAUGUACAGAUCAAUGGGAGUUGGCGAUCUAGUUAUAGUAUAGAUAUCUGUGGUACGUACGCACGUGUUAAAAAAAAGAUGUAACAGCAAUGUUGAGGAUUAACAACAAAAUGCAACUCAUAAGUGCUAAAAGUGAAAGUAAAAAGAAUUUGUUCAUCGUGCAAGAAAUUAAAAUAGCGCGACUAUUAGCUAAUAAUGACAAAAGAAUAAGAGAUAAAGCGUUAAAAAGAUUGAAAAAAUGGUUAACAGUACGAUCGCAAAGUUCGUUUGCUUUUACAAAAACAGACUUUAUGAGCUUGUGGAAAGGUCUGUUUUAUUGUAUGUGGAUGUCUGAUAAAAUGUUGAUUCAGGAAGAGUUAGCUGAAUCCCUUAGUAAACUUGUACAUUGUUUUGAUUCAAAAGAUACCAUUUUACUUUAUACCAGCUGUGCUUUAAAGACACUUGCUAUGGAAUGGUUUGGCAUAGAUCAAUAUAGAUUAGAUAAAUUUUUAAUGUUAGUUAGAAGGAUUCUUCGUCAAACAUUUGUAACUUGUAAAGAUAAAUCAUGGGAUAUCAAAUGGGUGACAGAAUUAUCACAAAUGUUUUUAGAACUGUUUUUACAUCCAAAAACUACUUUGGGAUUCAAUUUACAUAUGACAGAAAUAUAUUUGGAAGAACUUGCAAAGGUCAGCAAUGGAAAUAUAUCAGAAAGUGUUGUUCAUGAAUUUAUUAAACCAUUUAUUAUAUAUUUAAUGACAACUGAUGAUGAACGACAAAUGAAACAUAUUAUGCAACAUAUCUUUAGAUAUUUGAUAAAUCAAUCAGAUAUAGGUUUAGAUUAUAUGGAUAAAUUUAAAGCAUGGCAAAGAGCUGGUUUUCCUUGUGCACAUGUGGAUGAUAUGCAAAAAAUUGAGAUAGAUACAGAAGAAAAUAUUGAUAUUAAAAGUGGUCAUCUUUUGGAAAGUGAAAUACAAAAUAAAAGUGAAAAACCUUUAGAUCCAAGAGCAGGUAGAGUGGAUGUACAACUACCACAAAUACCUUUUAAUGCUGCAGAAAUUGUUAAAAUGCUUUCAGUACAUCAAUUUCAUCCAUCAUCAAAGACAAAAUCACGAAGACAACUUUCAAGACUUCUUGAAGAGUUUAGGGAAUUAUCAGAGGGAAGAAUGCCCCUUGGAAUAAAGAAAGUUAAGAAAUUAAAUUUGCAAAAACAUGAUUCGAAGAAAGAAUCAAGAAAGGCUGCAUUACACCUUAUACAAUUUGAGAAAAAGUUGUUUUCUGACAAUAUUAACAAAAAACAAAAAAGGAAGAGAAAUGGAGAAAUUAUUGCUAAUACAUUUUCUGAUCAUCUGAAAAAUAGAGACCAGUUAGAAUUGAAUUCUAUUAUAGACACUAUUGAUUCAAAAAGUGAUUCCAUUAAUUCAACUGCGAAUAUGAAGGCUAAUUUACAGGAUACAGAUGCAGAUAUAAUACCAAUUAAGAAACAAAAAAGAAACAAUGGAGAGACCACUGUUAGUAGUACAUAUUCUUCUAAUAAUCUAAAAAAUAGAGACUACUUAGAAUUGAAUUCUAUUGUAGACACUAUUGAUUCAAAAAGUGACUCCAUUGAUUCAACUGCGAAUAUGAAGAUUAAUUUACAAGAUACGGAUGCAGAUAUACUACCAACUAAAAAACAAAAAAAAAAGAAUGAAGAGGCCAUUGUUAGUAGUAUAUCUUCUUCUAAUAAUCUAAAAAAUAGAGACCACUUAGAAUUGAAUUCUAUUAGAGACACUAUUAAUUCAAAAAGUGAUUCAAUUGAUUCAAUUGCAAAUAUGAAAACUAAUUUACAGGAUGCAGAUGCAGAUAUACUGUCACCUAAAAAACAAGGAAGGAAAAGAAAUACAAACAUAGUGUCAUCUAAGAAAGAGAAGUGUAAUUUAACAUAUAAUAAAUUUGAUGAUAAACGUGUAAUUGAAGAUAAAAGGAAGCUAAAAACAAAAGUCCAUAGAAAAUUUAAUAAAACUAAGAAAAUUAAAUUGAGUCAGACGGAUGAUACAUUUAUAACAGAUAAUAAUUUAAAAUGUAAACCGAAGAAAACGGAGCUUCAUGAGAAGCAUACAUUUAAUAAGGAGCAAUACAUUUUCACCUCACCAGUUUUAAAGAAAAAAAAUUUACUUCGAAAGGCUACGAAAAAUAAGAAAUCCUUAGUUUUAAAAAAGACAAUAUUUGAGAAGAAUGUUACACAUAAUAAUGAAGGAACAUUGAAAGAUGAAUUAUCAAAUCAAACAAAAAAACAAAUUAAUUUAAAUAAUUCCUUGGAGAAGAAAAAAGUGGUCUUUGGUCUUUCUCGAAAUACUGAACAACAUACAUCAGAAUAUUUUCAGCAAGUUCGUAAAAGCCCGGCUAUUCCUUUCGAUGCAAACAAGAAACCAUUAGCUAGUGUUCUGAAAACAAGUGCUAUAUCGAGUCCACUCAAUCCAUUCUAUAAAAAAAAAUGAGUUCAAGGAAUUUUGACUUUUCUGAAAGUCUUCAACUUAUUGAUGUGAUGAAUUGACUACAAAUUUAUUUUGAAAUUAAUAUUAAUGAUUUAAAAUAAAUGUAUAC